ACAAAGUCCCCCCCCCCCCCUCCCAGUGUCAUGUCAGAUUAAAACACCAUACAAUUAGUGAUUUUAAAAAAUGUAUGACGCCUAUGAGGCGUUACCAAUUUUGGAGAAAUUACCUCUCCAAAUUGAAUCUAUAGCUGCUUAUGAUGAACACUUGUUAGUGGGAACCCAACAAGGACAUUUGUUGAUGUACAGUGUUCUUCAAGGCGCAAGUAAUGGUGGCAGUGCUGAAAGUUCUCUCAGCUCACGUUGUGAAGUCCACUUGCUAAGGUCCAACAAAUAUUUUGCCAAAAAACCAAUACAACAACUAGCUGUUGUUCCUGAACACCAGAUUCUUAUCAGCCUUUCUGAUUACCUUGUGUCUGUUCAUGAUUUGACAGUGUUUAAUUUUCCAGUCAUAACGUCACUUAAUAAAUCCAAAGGAGCCACAUGUUUUAGUCUUGAUGUCAAGAGACAAACUUCUUUGACUGGGGAGAUAUCAGUGGCAGUGAGGCUUUGUGUUGUAGUGAAGAAAAAACUGCAGCUUUUUUAUUGGAAAAAUCGAGAAUUCCGGGAGUUAGGGCCGGAUUUGUCGGUUUCUGAUACUCCUCGGACUAUUGGUUGGUGUAGAGAAACUCUUUGCUUAGGUUUUAAGGGGGAAUAUUGUUUACUCAAGCUGGAAGGAGAGCAAAGAGAUUUAUUUCCCACUGGAAAACAGCCUGAACCUUUGGUAUGUGCCUUACAAGGCGAUAAAUUCGCCUUGGGAAGAGACGAACAAACAAUUAUGAUCGAUAUCGAUGGCAAUCCUUGCACCAAGUAUACACUGACGUGGUCCGAGAGACCGAUCCUAUUAGUGGAGGACUCUCCAUACAUUCUGGGUGUGUUGACGUCUUGCAUAGAGAUUCGAGCAGCAGAGCCACGGCUCCUUGUCCAGCGAUUAGAAUUGCCAAAGGCCAAGUACAUGACGUCAGUCAUAUCGAAGAACGGACAGAUUUACGUUGCAUCUCCCUCUCAUGUUUGGUGUCUACAUUUAGUCCCUGUACAUUUGCAAUUACCUCGCUUGCUUGAAGACAAACAUUUUCAGUUGGCCAUUCAGCUUGCGAACUUGUCUAACGAACCACAAGAUAUUCGCUCGCAGCAAGUUCAACACAUUCAGUCGUUGUUUGCUUUCAAUUUGUUCCAGAAACACAACUUUGACGAAUCAUUGCAGCUAUUUUUCAAGCUUGCUACUGAUCCUUCUUACGUGAUUGGUCUAUUUCCCGAUUUAUUACCAGUAGAAUUCCGGAAAAAAGUGGAAUACCCCGAGGCUGUUCCCGUUUUGCAAGGUAGAGACCUCGAUCUCGCUGUGUUGGCCUUGAUUAAAUAUCUCACUGAGGUUAGGAAUGACCUUAUGAGUCAGAAUGUCAAAACAGGAACCAACAUUAUGGACGUUGGUUCAAGCUUGAAGCUAAGACGUCAACUAUUGGAAAUAGUCGAUACGACCUUGUUGAAAUGCUAUUUGUUGACCAACGAUGCCCUGGUAGCUUCUUUGUUAAGACUACGAGAUAACCAUUGUCAUUUAGCAGAGAGUGAACGAGCGCUGAAGCGCCAUCACAAACAUGCUGAGCUUAUAAUCCUUUACCAAACUCGCGGCCUUCAUCGGAAAGCAUUGGAGUUGCUUCGGAAACACGCAACUAGCUCAGAAGAUUUUGGAUCCCCCCUUGCUCAUCAUGACCGAACUGUACAAUAUCUCCAACAUCUAGGAUCGGAACACACGGACUUAAUUUUUGACUUCGCCUCGUGGGUUAUACAAAGCCACCCAGAAGAUGGUCUUAAAAUUUUUAUUGAAGACUUGCCUGAAGUCGAGGAACUCCCACGUGCCAAAGUCUACGAUUUUCUGUAUAAGAACCAUCGCUCUUUAGCUUUACCCUAUCUCGAACACGUUGUCUACGAAUGGCAAGAUUCGAACGCUCUCUUCCACAAUGCCUUAGCCGUGCUCUACAAAGAUAAAAUUCUCAGACUUGAAAAGCAGUUACAAGAGGAUAACAAUGACCCGGCAAUUAAAUGUGAAUACCAAGAUUCGAAAGCAAAGUUACGAUCGUUCCUUGAAAUUUCUCGGCACUGCUCUCCCGAGGCUAUACUAGUUCAAUUCCCAUACGACUGCUUGUUUGAGGAGAGGGCCAUUUUAUUGGGCAAAGUUGGUCGUCACGAGCAAGCUUUAUCAAUCUAUACCAACAUUCUGAAAGAUUUACCGGCAGCAAUAGAUUACUGUAAUAUCUGCUACCAGUCUAAUUCACCAGCAAAUAAAGAGGUCUAUUUUUACUUGUUGAAACUCUUACUGCGACCCGAUGAUGCUGUCAAAAUUCCCGGUCUAGCUUAUCCUACUGAGGAACCACACCAAAGGCAACCUGAUAUCGAAAGAGCACUGGAAACAUUGGAUCGAUUUCCGUCGCGUUUAGACCCAGUUAAGACAUUGCAAAUCUUACCUGCUUCCAUACCUCUUUCGGAACUUAAACGUUUUCUUCAGAGGAGUCUAGAAUCUUUUGCAUCCCAACGUCGAGAGCUGCAGCUUUUGCGUGGUCUGCUUUAUGCCGAACAUCUUCAAGUUCACGAACAGAGAAUUGAAUGUCAAAAUCAGAAAGUCGUGAUAACAGAAUCAAAUAUCUGCCACGUGUGUAAAAAACGCUUCGGAAAUCAAAGCCCACGUGGAGGAGGUGGCAUGAGAGGCAGAGGUGGAGGAGGUGGCUUUGGUGGAGACCGAGGAGGUGGCAGAGGUGGAUUUGGUGGAGACCGUGGAGGUGGCAGAGGUGGAUUUGGUGGAGAUCGUGGAGGUGGAAGAGGUCGUGGUGGCUUUGGUGACCGUGGUGGUCGUGGUAGAGGAGGAUUUGGUGGAGAUCGAGGAGGUGGACGCGGACGUGGUGGUGGCGGUCGUGGCCGAGGUGGUGGAGGCCGUGGUGGCAUGGGCGGAGGAAAGAAAGUUUUUGUCGAGCCCCAUCGCCAUGCUGGAGUGUUUAUUGCCAGAGGUAAAGAAGAUGCUCUAGUCACAAAGAACAUGGCAAUUGGUGAUUCAGUGUAUGGUGAAAAAAGAAUAUCAGUAGAAGAAGAAGGAGCUGAGAAGAUUGAGUACCGUGUCUGGAAUCCUUUCCGCUCAAAGUUGGCUGCAGCUAUUUUGGGUGGUGUUGAUCAGAUUCACAUGCCUCCUGGAAGCAAAGUUUUGUAUUUGGGUGCUGCUUCUGGGACAACUGUCUCUCACGUAUCCGACGUUGUUGGACCGGAAGGUCUUGUUUACGCCGUCGAAUUUUCUCACCGUUCUGGUCGUGACUUGAUUAACGUUGCCAAGAAACGAACUAACAUUAUUCCAAUUAUUGAAGAUGCUCGUCACCCUCACAAAUAUCGUAUGCUGAUUGGUAUGGUUGACACCAUUUUCGCCGAUGUUGCUCAGCCCGAUCAAGCACGUAUUGUAGCGCUUAACGCACAAUAUUUCUUGAAGAAUGGCGGACAUUUUGUUAUCUCCAUUAAGGCUAAUUGCAUCGACUCGACUGCCGCUCCCGAAGCCGUUUUUGCCGGCGAAGUCAAGAAAAUGCAAGCUGAAAAAAUGAAACCGAUCGAGCAAUUGACUCUUGAACCUUACGAGCGUGAUCAUGCUGUGGUUGUUGGCAUUUACAGACCGCCAGUAACUAAGAAAUGAAUUUGUUUACACAGUAAAUUUGACAGAAAAGAAUGACUGCAAUCUUGUGUUUGUAUUUUACUGUGAGCAUCAUCCGCAAUUAAUACAGUUGGAACCGUUUUACUUUUA